GUUGGGCGGGGCCUGGGGGGGAGCCUGGGCCUUAGGGUGGACGUGCUGAUUCCGCUGGAGCUGCCGUCAUGGUGGCUCCCGUGGUGUACCUCGUGGCGGCAGCUCUGCUUGUCGGCCUUAUCCUCUUUCUGACUCGCAUCCGGGGCCGGGGGGCAGCAGCCACCCAAGAGCCACAGCACAAUGAGGAGGAGCUGGUAGGAAUAGUCCGGGAGCCCGAGGAGCAGAGAGCUGAGGGCAGGCCCCGGCGCCGGAGGAACCUGGGCAGCCGCCUGCUGGCCCAGCGUCGAGCCCAGCGAGUGGCCCAGGCAGAGGUGGAUGAGAACGAGGAGGAGGCAGUCAUCCCAGGCCAGGAAGAAGAAGGCAUCGAGAAGCCAGCAGAAACUCACGUGUCAGGGAAAAUUGGAGCCAAGAAACUUCGAAAGCUGGAAGAGAAACAGGCGCGAAAAGCCCAGCGUGAGGCAGAGGAGGCAGAGCGUGAAGAGCGGAAGCGCCUGGAGUCCCAGCGUGAGGCAGAAUGGAAGAAGGAGGAGGAGCGGCUUCGUCUGGAGGAGGAGCAGAAGGAGGAGGAGGAGAGGAAGGCCCAGGAGGAACAGGCCCAGCGGGAGCACGAGGAGUACCUGAAACUGAAGGAGGCCUUCGUGGUGGAGGAGGAAGGCGAGGGCGAGACCAUGACUGAGGAGCAGUCCCACAGCUUCUUGACAGAGUUCAUCAACUACAUUAAGCAGUCCAAGGUGGUGCUCUUGGAAGACCUGGCCUCCCAGGUAGGCCUGCGGACUCAGGACGCCAUAAACCGGAUCCAGGACCUGCUGGCUGAGGGGACUCUGACAGGUGUGAUUGACGACCGGGGCAAGUUCAUCUACAUAACCCCGGAGGAACUGGCUGCCGUGGCCAGUUUCAUCCGCCAGCGGGGCCGGGUGUCCAUUGCCGAGCUCGCCCAGGCCAGCAACUCCCUCAUUGCCUGGGGUCAGGAGACCCCUGCCCAGGCCCCGGCCUGACCCCAGCCCUCCCUUUUGGACUUGGAGCUGCUGUGGCUCGCCUGGCCAUCCCUCCUCACCCUCCCCAGCAUCCUGAGCAGUGGUGGAGUGUGGCAGAAAUGGAUUAAAGGCCUGGGAGCAGUGCUGAGCUUCGUGUGGCUUAGUGUGACAGAAGGCCUGGCCUGGGAUCCCAGAUGUGCAGGUACAAUCUGGACCUCCCAGUAUAUCUGACAGUAGGGGAGGAUCUCUUGGAGGCAGAUGGAAAGUUCCCAUUCUUCUCAUGCACUCAUUCAUUCAUUCAACAAAGUAUUGAGCACUUUCUGUGUCCCUUUUUGCCUUGCAAGCUCUGCCCCCAAAGCCUGGACAAGGAUAUCUUCCUCUAUCAUCCCCUCCAUCCCAGGGCAAAAGUGGGGAAACCUCUUGGAUCAUAUCUCCCCUAACUGGGGAGGGAGGUCACUUACUUUUUUAUACAGAUUUGGGAGGCCUGAGUAGGCUAAGAGCCCUAAAAGAGAAGAAUUAAUGAGAAGUGCCAAGGAUAGGGUCUCAGGGAACAUCAGCCUUUAAGAGGGAGGUCACCGAGGGCAGUAAAAGUGAGAGCUUAGCCAUCUACUUGCGGGGCGCGUAGCAGGAGGGGUUCGAUCUGCUUUGAGUUGGCUGUGAUCGCACGGUGGUGGGACAGUAAAUCACAUGCAUUCAGCUCUACCUUCUUGACAAAAAGAAAAAGUUGAUGUGGUGUGGGAGAUUCUACCCACUGUUGGAUGGAAGGACCAUAUGCUCAGGCGUGGGUGUGAGAUGGGACACGUGUAUAUCCUGUAGGGUCAGCCACUCUUGUUCCUGUGGGCUGUUUGUGGCGUGAGCAUCCUACUGUGCUGAGGGUGGGGCUUAUAUUUAAAGUGUGUAUUUUUUAAUGCAAGGGGCUCCUAAGCACAAACCACCUCUUUCCUCUGGUGCCUGGUGGAGGAGGCAGCUUUCUGUUCCGGCCCGGGAAGGAAGUGUCUGUGUGAGCGAUGGGGAGACAGUGCAUCCAGCUCCUGGGCGGCGCCUUCCUGAGGAGUUGUCAAGGGUGAUUUUGACGUAUUUGGUGCCAUAAGCAUUGGCUGUAGAACCUAAGUUCCAGUUAAGUUAUGGCUCUGCUACAUACAUACAUCCAUCAGCAGCAGGCACUUGGGGUCACCUGGGGCUCUGAAGGGUCACACACAUCACCUGCGGGGCCAUCUGGGAGUCCAGACGCCAGCAGAAGAGGGAAGACAGGGACAUAAAUAUCUACAGUGUGAGUUCAUUUUUAUAGGCAUAAAAUUUUAAAGGGAAAAAAGGAGGUGACUUCUAGUUAGAUCAAUGGUUCUUGUUCAUUUGAAUCACCUGGGAAGUUUUCAGCAGCCCUCAUACCAGUCUGGACCCCAGACCAGUUAAAUCAGAAUCUCUGGGGGUGGGAGCUGGCAUCAGCAGGAGAUUCCAAUGUGCAGCCAAGGUCAAGAGUCAGUAUGGAAGUGUAGUCGGGAAGGAAAGGCAGGUGAUAAGGUUGUAAGUAAUUAAAAUCAAAUCCCCACUGGAAGGAGCUUCUUAUGAAGCUAGAGAGCAGCUCCAGCGUCCCUUCCGUCCUUCCUCUCAACCAUUCUCAGCCAUUGCUGUCAGGGUAAUAAUAAGAUGCUACGGUGACUCUGGCCCCAGCAUCCCACCCUUCAGGAUAGUUCCUGCAGUGGCUUGGAGUUAAAACAUGUUCUUAAUAUUAAUCCAUUCCUGUGGGUAUGAACCCCUUAUAGUAGGAUCUUCAGUUAAGGUGUGACCUGACUGAAUCAGGAUGGAUCUUAAUCCUGUUACUGGAGGCCUUAUAGAGAAGGCGACAGACAGAAAGGCCACCAGGGGAGAAGCAAGAAGCUGGAAGUCAACAGAACCUGGAUGAGAAAGAAGACGCUGCCACCAUGCUCAUUGCCAUGUGACAGAAAAGCCAAGAAACACCAAAGAUUGCUGUCCAGCCAGAAGACACCGACAGGGAGGAAGCAAUCCUUCUAGCCUUUGAAACCGCGAGCCAAUAAAUUGCUGCUGUUAAGUCAGCCCACUGUAAGGUAUUUGCUUUAGCAGCCAGGGCACAUUCCUUCCAUCCUUGGUUGCCCCCCUGGGUUCAUGUCCCAGGGUCGUAGUGUGGAGGAAAAUAUCUCCUACUUUUGUGCACAUUAUUUAGUGAUCUAUCUUUAAUCUUAUAAAUUUAUCAAAUGAACAGUUCUUCAAAUAGUAAACAGUUAAACAUUUUUCUAAAUUGAUACAAACUACUUUCACAAGUAAUUAAAACUUACGUUUUUCUAAACUUUUCAGCAUUAAUUGCCAACCUAAAUACUUUUAAGCAUUUAAUUAAAAUCCCAAGUGUAAUAUAUUAAAUUAUUUUAAGCGUUUUACUACCUUAAAAAGUGGACAGGAUACAAGUAGUAUAGUACUGACACAGAUAAUGCACAGAUAGAUUAAUGUAAGAUAAAGUAUCUGUACAUUUAACACUAAAACUGAUUGUUAAUGGAUUUACAUUUAUUUAUUCAUUAGCUGAAUUUUUAUUUUUAUUCCCUCCUGAGGGUACAGUUUUCAUGUAUCCUGAAGCAUCAGGGUUACUAUCUUAGGGAGUUGAGGAUGCAGACACGACUGGCCCAUGAUGAUUCAGAACUGGGGACUUGAGACAUCUUUGCAAUUCUACAUGAGUCCUUUUCCCAUUGGGCAAUCCCUUUUCUUAGUUCGAUAUUUUCCCCUUACAUCAGAAACUCUUUACCUUUGGCUCCAGUAAUCAGAUGAGUUUUGAUUUUUGUAACCUUCAAAUGUUACUUGCUCUGGGUCUUAUUUUCAGAGCCCAGUCCAAUAUAGGUCUUUUUGGAUACCACUUGCUCCCAGUAGAGUCUAACCUUGUUCAGGUUAGUUGCUUCAGUCACAAUUUCUGUUUUAAAUGAACCAUCAGUGUCAUUGAGGAGCCAUAGAAUACAAUGUAUCUCUUCAAAAAUGUUUAUUUACAAGGCUGACCAUGAGUUGAAAGUUACUGAAAUUGGAUAAUGACUCCAUGGGGGUUAUACUGAUCUGUCUAUUUUUAUACAUUUAAAAUCCCCCAUAACAAAAUAUUUAAAAAUAAACACAGUGAGCCCUAGAUGGCCUCACAUAUCCUUUGCUCUUGCUAAGCCUCGGAAAAGGGGCUGAAACAGCUGAGCUGCAUGAAGCCACCAGGCCACUGAGUAAUGAUCCCCCCCUGGGCUACCACAGUGGCACUGGUGUAGGAUGCACGUGGAUCUUUUUAACGUGAAAAUUAUUAAAAUCCAAAGUGCGUUAAAAACAAACACUUGAAUGUGAUUUCUGGAGAGCUUACUGAGUAUGAGGCAUGAGGCCAACACCCCUGGAAACAACUGUGAGCAAACGCCACCAGUCCACAGAUGGUGGCGGGGAGAGCGCAGUGGCAGGAAUCUCUAACGGGGGAGCUGGAGCAGCCACCCAGCGAAGAAGUGCAUGGCCAGAUGCUAUUACAUGGGAAAGGCCAAGGGGGGGUUGGGGGUUGGCAGGCUAAGAGAUCUGGAAGAGAGCAUGUCAAGUGCUGUGGUUCAUGGAGGGUGGCGUUGAGCCAAGGCAAAGGGAGAGACCAGGGUGGAAAGGGACGUGGGGAUCCGGCUGGGAAGGGCACUGAAUGCAGAGCUGAGAGGUUGAGACUUGAUUUGAUGAGCCAGGGUGGGGGCCAGGGAGAAUGUUGAAUGUUUAGUUGGUAUUUUGAAUCGCAACUCAUUUCUUAAUCCUUUUUUUUUACAAUCUGUGUCCCAUGAGUUGUCUCUGCCUUGUCAGUACCUCCAUCCACACCCCUAUUGUACUGUUUGAGGGUACCACCUCAAACCUUCAGGAGUGCAUGCCCCAGGCACCUCGAGUUUCUUCCCAGCCCCAUGACUGGACACUGAUUAUUCUACUAAAGCAGCAUUUUUCAAACUGUUUUGACAACACUCCUUAGUAAGAAGUCCAUUUACUUUAAGAUCUCAGAACCUAGAUGUGUAUGUGUACAUAUAAACAACCGAAGCAAAGGUUCACAAAACAGUCCUUUGCUUAUCAUGGUUUGACACAUUUUGAUAUUUGCUUUUCUGUUCUGUUUCAUUGCUGAUGAUGACCAAAUUGAUUUUACAACCCCAAAGGAGGUCUUGACCUACAGUUUGAAAAACAGGGUUCUAAGGAGCUCUGUUCCUUUUAUAUUAAGAGCAGUAUCUGGGUAAAUGCUUGUGUAUCAUACAUAACUUUUCAUCAAGUCCUACCAGAAGCAAUUAUAGACUAUGAGAGUGACAAUGAAAAACAUUUUGAAUUGGUUUAUCCUGAUACCAUAUGUAAUUUUAUGUUGGUUAAUACAUUAUUUGAUUACUCAUUACAGCAAAUACUGAUACUCUAGCAACAUUAAACUUAUUUAAUUAUGCCCUUUUUCAGUCAUUUUACCUUAUAUAAUUUUACAAUUUGACUUAACAUUUCUAACAAAUGAUACAAAAAACAUCCAUAAUAACAAAAACUAAAACUAUUAAUGUUCCAUCUGUAUUGAAUAACUGAAAUCUAACACCUCUGUUACUUUAAGAGAUUUUCCUUUAUUUUUCAUUGGUGAGAUAAGUCAAGUCAGUUUGCACUUGAGCUAAAUGCACAGUUCAAGUGUAGUUCACGUAAGUUCACAUAACAUGGAUUUGGGUGGAUACCCGCUUGUUGUCCAGUUUGGCACUGGUCUUGAUGUCUUUUGAGUUUGUGCUUAUUGCCUCAUAUCAGAGUGGACCAGAGUAACAGAUGAAGGCCACAGGUGAGAAGCAGUCGAGCAUUUAACCUGUCAUCAUCAGGAAAUUCUUAGUCUCUUCUGCUGUGGCAGAAACUCAGGAGAGGAAAAAGCUCCAAAGUCAGGUAAUAAAAUUUCACUUAGCCUCCACCAUGCCCAUCCACAAUAAUAAGCUAAAAAGUUUACAAGAAGGCUUUCAACUGGGCAAGUUUACCCCCUAACAAAAAAUUGGAUUCUGUAUGUUUUCCAUAAAAUCAUGAAAGAUUUGGCAUAACCAUAAUUUCCAUGAAGGAUAGUCAUUUAUACUUGGGGCUUUGAGACGGACCAACGUGCCUCACAAAUAGGUGUGAAUACAUCAGACACACUAGGGCUGUUGGUGGAGCAGUGACUUGUAUUCCUUUUUACUUUGUAUCAAAAGACCUUGCAAAGAAAUUUACAGUGUAUAGGUGUAGGUGAGUCUCUUUGCUGGAUUGUAUGAACAAAGUAUAAGUUAUAUGAAAACAGCAAAAAUUUAAUGUUAAAGGGAGACUCGAGUUUCCAGAACUUAAGAAAAGCAUAUCUUAUAUAAGAUGUAUCAUAGGCAAAAUGUGCAAGUAGUAAAGAAGAGUGGUAAGAAGGAGAAUACAAUCUUUAAUGAUUUUUUUUUAUUGUAUUUCUCUUUUAACUUUUCUUUUUCAUGGGCCUGGUGUGUGUGUGUGUAUAUAAGUGUGUAGAUACCACCUUACCAGCUUUUGAAACGACUUGUAAAAGCAUAUUUGGAUCACAACCAUUUCAGUAUAGUUUUUUAUUCCUCUAGGUAACCCCCAGGACCUUUACUGGUAAUCCUUGGGAAUUUUGGGCCCAAUUCCAGAGGUUUUUCUUUCUUCAUAAAGCAAGCACAACUGUAAAAAAGCUUUAGUACAAGCAUCCCAACUUUUGGGUGGAUUAAAAUGUCUUGUGUGCCCCCCCAAAUUGGUGUUGGGAGUAACUGCAGUCAUCCCAGAGGAGAAACCCGAAGUCCACUUCUGGAUAACCUGGUAGGUAGGGCCACAGAGGAUCACAAUACUCUCUUUGCAUCUCUUCAAUUUCAGUGAGACUGAAGAUGUUUUCAAAUGCUUAUUAGCCGUAUGUUUUCUGUGACUUAUCUUUUACCUAUUUAUCUAUAGACCUAGGGUUUGGGGGAUUUCAUUCAUCAUUCAACAAAUGAAUGUUGAGUGUCUGCUAUGCGUUUGUGUUCAUUCUUUAGUGCUUCUUUAACAAGCCACCGCAAACUUAGUGGCAUAAAACAACGCAAAUUUAUUAUCUGAGAGUUCUGUAGAAGUCCAAAUUGAGUUUUACUCGCCUAAAAUCAAGGCAUGGUUGUGUUCCCUUUUGGAGGCUCUAGGGAAGGAUCUAUUUCCUUUCUCUUCUAGAGGCUGCUCACAUUCUUUGGCUCAGAGCCCCCUUCCUCCUCCUUCAAAGCCAGCUAAAUUGCAUCUCUCUGACCAUUCUUCCCUAGUCACAUCUCCCCCUCACUCUCUUUUGCCCCCUCUUCCACUUUUAAAGACCUUUGUGAUUACUGAUAAUCCAGGAUUAUUUCUCUGUCAUAAGGUCAGAUGAUUAGGAACCUUAAUUCUCUGCAACCCUAACUCCCCUGUGCCAUGUGGGCUGCUUCAACAAAUUCUAUACAAUGGGUUGGCUUGACAACAACAAUUAUUGGCUCAAGGAUAUAGAGGCUAGAAGGCUUGCUUCCUGCCAGGGUCUACAUCUUCUGGCUGACCAGAAUUCUUUGGGGUUCCUUAGUUUUUCUGUCACAUGGCAUGCCCGGCAUCUUCUCCUUUCCUUUCUGGGUUCUGUUGACUUCCAGCUUCUUGCUUCUCCCAUAGCUUCUUCUGUGUCCAAUUUUCUUUGCUUAUGAUGAUUAAGGCCCACUUUCAUUUAGUUUGGGCACACGUUAAGUAAGCUUAUUCACCUGUUUAUUCUUCCCAACAAACUCUUUUCCUUUAAAAAAUUUUUUUUGUACGAAAGUAAUACAUGCGUAUUAUAAAAAAUGCAAACAUUACAGAAGUGCCUCGAGUGAAAAUCUAAAAUCCCUUCUUCUACUGUACCCCCUGGAAUCCCAUCAUCUCAAGGCAGCCACUGUUAAUAGCUUGGUGUGUAUCUCUCCAGACUUUUCCAAGAGUACAUACGUAUUAUUUUUCUAAUAAUAGGAAAGUUAGAGCAUAGUAUAUAUAAAUAUGAUUCUGACACUUGAAUUUUUCACUUUAUAUAAGGUAGUCUUUCUGUGUCAAUACUUGGAGAUCCAUGUCAUUCUUUUAAAUAGCUGCCUCUUGUUACAUCACAUUGGAUGCAUUGUAAUUUAUUUAAUUGGUCUUCUCUUCAUGGAUUAACGCAUUUAGGUUUAAAAAAGUGUUUUUUGCUAUUACAAUCAGUACAUCAGUGCCCAUCUUUGUAUGUAUACCAUAUCAACUUGUGAUGGUAUUCUUCCUAGACAUGGAAUUGCUCGGUCUGAGGGUACACACAUUUCACAUUUUUAUAUACUGCACAAUUGUUCUCCAAAAUGAUUUUGCCAGUUUAUAAUGUCAAAAAAAUUACAACCUCACCAACAUGAGAUACACUGAUUUUUUUUAGUUUUUAUAAGUCUGACAGACUCUUCCUGGUUCUUCAAGUAUUGCUUCUUCAAUGACAUUUUGGCAUCUAUUAUGAUGAUUGUUUUUUCUUAUUUGAUAAACUCAUGGAUUAUUAAUUUCAUGGACAACAAUAUUUAAUUUUAUUUCCUUGAGCUGUAAUUAGGAAUUUUUCCCCCUGAAUUGAUGAGCAUAAUUGGUUUGCAGUUUUUCUUUCUGUGCUUUGUCAUGAUUUGGUAUAAGGGGAAUUGUGGCUUCAUAAAAUGAGAUAUGCAGUGUUUCAUCUUAUAUAUACUCUGAUACAGAUAUACAGGGUGACAGUUUUAUGUUUUGUAAAAGUUUGAGAGAAUUCUUUCAUUAAACCAUCUGGUCCCAGGGCCAUUUUUGGAACUACUUCUUGGAUGUUUUCAAUAUCUUUUUUAUUUUUGUUAUUUUCUUUUCCAAAAAAAAUGGUCCACUUCAAGAUUUUCAUAUGCAUUAAGGAGAAUCAGAUAUAGUAUUGUCUUACAUUCCUGGUGUUCUUCUCAAGAUGCAAAAACACUUUCUCUGUGUAAUAUGAACAGGAAACCAUAAAGAGAUUAAGUUGACAUACAGCCAGUGGUGGAAUGGAAACUGGCUGAAAUGAAAGGAAAAUAAAAUAAACAGAAUUAAACAUCUUA